GCACUCGCGAGGUCCUCGCGAGCUCGCGCCAGCGGCGUCCACGCGCAUUCUCAGUGCGAUGGGAGUCCUGUGAGGAUGGACACACGGCAAAUCCUGCGACUCUUGAUCGUUUUAUCGGGAUUGAACGGGGCGUGCGAAGCUCUGUUCUGUAACUGCACCACGCCGCAGUGUGAGAAGGAUGGGUAUAAGUGCGAGACCAACGGGGCGUGCGUGGCCUCCACCUUAGUCUUUGAAGGACAGGAGCAGCAUGUGCGGUUCUGCAUCCAGAAGGAGAAGCUGAUGCCCCCGGGCCGGCCGCUCUACUGCCUCAGCGCCGAGGGGCUGAUGAACACACACUGUUGUUACUCUGACUACUGCAACAGCAUCGACCUCAGACUAACGACCGUGACACACGGGCCGGGUUCAGGGCAGGACUGGGGGCCGAUGGAGCUCACUGCGGUGGUGGCUGGGCCGGUCUUUGUGCUGUGUGUGCUGGCUCUGCUCGGCCUCUUUCUGUUCCAGCACCACCAGCGGGCUUACGGUCACCGGCAGAGGCUGGAGGUGGAGGAUCCCAGCACCGAACACAUGUUCCUGGCCAAGGACAAGACCUUACAGGACCUCAUCUACGACCUGUCCACCUCAGGGUCUGGGUCUGGUCUGCCGCUGUUUGUCCAGAGGACAGUGGCUCGUACCAUAGUGCUGCAGGAGAUCAUCGGUAAAGGCCGCUUCGGGGAGGUGUGGAGAGGGAAGUGGAGAGGAGGAGACGUUGCUGUGAAGAUCUUCUCCUUCCGCGAGGAGCGCUCCUGGUUUCGUGAAGCUGAAAUCUACCAGACCAUCAUGCUCCGCCACGAGAACAUCCUGGGCUUCAUUGCUGCCGAUAACAAAGAUAAUGGCACAUGGACUCAGUUGUGGUUGGUGUCAGACUAUCAUGAGAAUGGAUCCCUGUUUGACUACCUGAACCGAUAUUCAGUCACCAUCGAGGGCAUGAUUAAACUAGCUCUGUCGGAGGCCAGCGGCCUGGCGCAUCUUCACAUGGAGAUACUGGGCACUCAGGGUAAGCCUGGCAUCGCUCACCGUGACCUGAAGUCCAAGAACAUCCUGGUGAAGAAAAACUGCACGUGUGCAAUCGCUGACCUCGGCCUGGCGGUCCGUCACGAGUCCGUCACCGACACCAUCGAUAUCGCCCCCAACCAGCGCGUCGGCACUAAGAGGUACAUGGCGCCUGAGGUUCUGGAAGAGACUAUUAACAUGCGCCACUUCGACUCGUUUAAAUGCGCGGACAUCUACGCUCUGGGACUGGUGUACUGGGAGAUCGCUCGCCGCUGCAAUGCUGGAGGUAUUCACGAAGAGUACCAGCUGCCCUACUACGACCUGGUGCCCUCUGACCCAUCCAUAGAGGAAAUGAGGAAAGUGGUGUGUGAUCAGAGGUUACGACCCAACAUCCCCAACUGGUGGCAGAGCUACGAGGCGCUGCGUGUGAUGGGGAAGAUCAUGCGGGAGUGCUGGUACGCUAACGGCGCCGCGCGACUGACCGCUCUCCGCAUCAAAAAAACCCUGUCUCAACUCAGCGUGGACGAAGACAUGAAGAUCUGAGCGAAAACACUCCUAGCAAAGAGAACGUGUACAGACAUGCGACCACUCUAAACUAUCCUGCCAGUUUAAAAGUAUUUCCGUCCGCCGAGUCGAGACGGGGCCUACCUCACCCCACCGCCAAAACUACUGAACCCACGGUACCCAUCAGCCCUCUGUGCUCUCCUCUACCGCCAAGCAAAACGGACAUGUGACUCGAUUGAUCAGUUUCGCCCCAAAGAUCGUUUUCCCAACCGCGUUUAAGCAGUUUCGACCGGCUUGUUGCAUUCGUUUAAAUCAGUCUAGCAGACUACCUCGGGUUAACUAACUAGGGGGAACGCGUAAACCCGUGAAGUUCAGAGGUUGUAAUAAGACACGAUCAGCUGAUUCCUUUCGUUCGCCGGUGUUUCAUAACCACGUCAAAGCUGUUAGCGAAGCAACCUUAUUUGCACUUUAUCCCGGAGGUUUUGUGAGCGUGAAGUGGAUUAUAGCCAUCACACACUGUCACUCGCGUCUAUUCUUACUACUGAACGGUACGGAGAAAUCUAUUUAUUUUAGCUCGUAGAUCCUUCAUAUGUCCUUAUUUUUUUAUCGCCGUUAGAUCUCCUCCUCUCCUCCACGGGCAAGCAAAGCUACUGUACAUAGUAUAUUUUUUAAAAGUAUGGAAAUAGCUUACCUUUUUUUUUUUUUCUCUCGAGUCCUUCGAUUAAGCUAAAGAUUUGAUCGUCCAGGAACAUCAGAGAUGUGAAGCUAAAAGUGUAGGCUUUAGUUAAAUGCUGUUUUUCAUAGCUAAACCUGUCACUGUAGCAUUAAAUGACACUAUAAUGACGUUUUAUGAGCUGAGGAGCUUCGGGACGGUUUUGUAUGGACUUGAAGCUCGUUUUUAAGGAAUAAUUCAUGCGUACAUAAGAAUGUUCGUCGUUUGUCGUCCUCGUGUCGCUCCAAACUUGUGUGACGUAGUUUUUUUUACUAUAAAACACAAAAAGAGAUAUUCAGCAGAAUGUUCAAGCUGCACUCAAAAAAAUGAUGGAAAAUCGUAAUUAUCGAUACGACUUGACUCUGUAUUCUGAGUCCUCUGAAUUCAUGUGACCUGCAUCUGUGAUCAUUUUUUGGCGCUCGACGCGCUCAGAAUUCGUGCCGUUUAAUUGCAAUCGCAUGAACGCGAGACAAAGUCACGCAGGUUUGGAGCGUCAUAAAGGCGAGUAAUGAUAGGAUUCGAAUUUUUUGCAUUAACUCCAGCGGCUCUUGCCGCAAGUGACAUUACGACCUGACCCUAGGAAAUGGAUCUCAUUCUUCUUCAUGCACUGGGUCUGUAAUGAGAAGAACGACUUGAAUAUGUGACUUGAAAAGUUUGGCGUGGAAGCGCACUGCUUUACUCCUACUACACUGUAUUUAUGACUCCUGACAGACGUUACGUCUCUCGUACUCCAUGGAAAAAUACUACUGCCCUUCUGUCCCUCUCCGCUUAAUAUGCAAGAUGUAAAUAUAGUUUCUAUAAUGUAUGACCUUUUUUAUUAAUCCGAUUUGAUCCAAUAGACAAUUGUGUGGUUCCGUUUUGUUUUUUUUAUGUGACUCUGUUUUAAUUCAGGUUUUAUUCGUAUAGCGCUUUUAACAGUAGGUUUUGAAGCCGCUGUACAGGGUUUUUGUUCUGUGGUCUUUCAUUUGAUUUGUUUCACUGGACUGACGUCUAGAGUUUGUGUUUUGACAAUCUGAAUAAGUACUGUUAUUCUCCUUCGUCCUUUCGCAACAAUUCAGUCACCUUACUCUAUUGAAACGUGGCCGGAAAAAGCCAAAAACGAUUGCGUGUAGUCGGAAGAACAUGUCAAUGCUUUCUUUAGAUUCUGUUUUCACGUUACGUAGAUCCAAGGUGACAAGCUACCGUGUGAAAUGUAUCGGUAACACUGGAUUGAGUCACAACACUACUGAGAAAUACAAGACCACACUGGCACGUCGGCUGCUGAUUGAGAAAAUCCUCUCGUGUUCAGGGUUUGGUCUGUAUUCGUUUCUACUGUCGACUUCAGUUUGUACAUAUAUUUAUAGUUUCCAGAAAGCGUGUCGCUGCUGGCAGGAUUUGGGCUUCAUAAGGUCCGCUCCCUUUCAUCCACUGGCUGUAGACGUCUGUCGCCCCGGCUAAUUAUAACGGCUAAACGACGGCGGCUGCGCGCACAGUCUUUAGCGUUAGGAAGUUUCCUCAGUCCUCUGACCUCACAGCUGACCUCUACAAUCCCGGCGUGUUUCCCAAAUCUACACGGAGAGACUUUUCAGGAAUUUCAGUUUCCAAUCAUGUACAUGGGUAAUUAUUAAAUGGUAAUAAAUACGGAUUUUGCCUACA